AUGUGGAUUAUAAUGCGAAGAGAGAAGAGGAAUCCUCGUCACUUCAAACGGAUGCGGUUUCCACCGUUUGAUAAUGAGGAGCUUCCAAUGGAGUAUGGUGACAAUUUUUUGGACGUGGAUCCUCUCGAGCCGAUUCAGUUGGAGCUAGACGAGGAAGAAGAUUCUGUUGUACACACGAUAACACCCGAACGACUAGCAAGAAUUCCGCGUGUUCGCCAAGGUAUUGCAGACAACGAAAGGGAGUCCUCGAUUUGUUUGACAAAGAUCACUCAGGAAUUAGAUAAAGAUAAGGGUCAUGUUUAUCAUUACCUUGAUAAGAGUAACACCAACCAUGAGACAGAUCCUAUCUUCCACAUUCCUGGGGCCUGCUCGUACGUAAUAUUGGUUAAUGAGGAAACGGCAGACUCCUCUGCUCAUAUCUAUAAGGCUCGGUCUGCACCAAAAUUGGUUUCGAAGGAUUUGCAGCUUGGCCCCUCCUCGGAGAGGCGAGUUUCCGGAAACCAAUAUACAGGCAAGACGCAACAAAGGAGACCGUCCUCAUGGAAAAGAAAUGUGAGUCCGAGAAAUGCCUAUGGCCCAUCGGUAUUGACUUGA